UUCAGUUAAAGUGAGUGAGAGAGAUAAGAUAUGUAUAUAUAGCUUCACCUCGAAAUUAGUUAUAGUAUUGUGUACUCGAGCUUGACAUUCAAGAUAAUUUUCUUGCAAUUCAUCUUUCCUCUUGAUAAGAUAAAAUGGCCACUUACAGUUUAGCUGAUGUUAAAGUAAUGUGGAAGCCAGAUGAUCGAUAUGGCAAAGCUAUGAAAAAGUUCAAGAAGAUAAUAGAAGAUAAAUAUAACGUCAAAUUAGAGAACUAUUGGGAUUUGCAUGAAUGGUCCAUCAAUCACAUUCCAGAGUUAUGGGCCGAGAUGUGGGAUUUUGCUGGCGUUAUUUGCUCCAAAAAAUACGAAAAGAUUAUAGAUCUGAAUCUCCCACUAGAAAGUUCCCCUGAGUGGUUUCAAGGUGCAAAAGUCAACGUCGCUGAAAAUUACCUGAAAUAUAGAGAUGAUCACAUAGCUUUGAUAUUAACAGGUGAAGGCAGAGAAAGUGAAACAGUAACUUAUGCUCAGCUAUAUAAGGAAGCUGAAUUAUAUGCUGCAGCAUUCAGAAAAUCAGGCUUGAAGAAAGGAGACGUGGUUGUAUGCCAAAUGUCUAACAGAAAAGAAGCUGUCAUUGCCAUGAUUGCUGUUCUCAGUAUCGGAGCAGUAUGGGCAGCAGCAGUGCCAAUGUUAGGCGCUACGGCAGCACUUAAUAGAUUCGCUCAAGUUGGUCCAAAGUGUUUCAUAACGGUCGAUCGGAUACCUCAUGAAAAGAAAAUCAUUGAUAUGCUCCCAAAAACCAAAGAAAUCGCUGAAGGUUUACCAACCUUAGAAAAGGUGGUUAUUGUGGAAUAUAAGGAAGAUUCCCAUUCUAGAGACAUUAGUGACAUAAAAAAUGGUAUAUUCUUGAAGGAAUUUCUUGAGCUUGGUCGUGGAAAAGACGGAUCAGUUCCUCCGAUGCAGUUUGAACAAGUGUCCUUCACUCAUCCAGUUUUUAUAAACUAUACAUCGGGAACAACCGGGCUACCAAAGGCAGUUGUACAUGGACCUGGGUUUUUGUUGGCAACAUUCAGGGACAUGGCCCUGCAUAUUGAUAUAGAAAGGAGCAGUAUUUCCUUCACAAUGUCACCAGCAGGCUGGGUAUCAUGGAAUAUCAUAACAUCCUCACUAUUCUUUGGGCCCACUUUGUUGCUGUUUGAAGGAUCGCCUUACUUCUUGAGUCCAACCUUCCUGUGGGAUUUAGUCGAUGAGUACAAACUAACGCAUAUGUUGAUACCUACAAGCAUAUUGGAUGAAUACCAGAAUCUGGGAUAUGUUCCAAGAGAAGGCAGUUUGGAAUCUUUGAAGGUCUUGUUUGCAUCUGGAAGCGUGGUGAAGCCACAGAUUUAUGACUUCGUGUAUGAAAACAUAAAGAAAGACUUUGCCUUUUCAUCAGCUUUCGGUUCAACCGAAAUGAUGGCAAAUUGCAUGAUACCAGAAAUGACUCUUCCAAUUCAUAAAGGAGAAAUUCCUGCAUUUAGUCUUGGUGUUGCAAUAGAAACGUUGGAUGAUAAUGGUCAGCCCGUUUUGGGUGAAAUCGGAGAGAUUGUUAUAUCAAAACCAAUACCUAAUUUACCGUUAGGUCUUUGGGGAGAUGAUGGCUCUGUUUACCGGGAAAAAUAUUUCUCAACGUUUCCAGGAAAAUUCACUGCAAGCGAUUAUGGAAUAAAAAAUCCUUUCACCAAAGGUCUUAUAAUUUGUUGCAGAAGUGAUGAAACUUUGAAACAAAGAGGAACUCGGUUUGGCAGUUCGGAAAUUUACAACGUUGUGGAUACGUUCCCAGAAGUAAGAGGCUGUCUCUGUGUGGCUCAGUACAGCAAGACGAUGGACGAAAGAGCAGUGCUCUUCGUGAGGAUGAAAGAAGGUCACAACUUCAAUGACGAGCUGGUCAACAGAAUCCGAGAAGCCAUCACUCGGGAACUGACAGCAGCCCAUGUCCCGGAUGUAAUCCUGGAAACAAAAGAUAUUCCAUAUAACGUAAACGGCAAGAAGCUGGAAAUAGUUGUGAAAAAAAUUAUUAACAAUAAGCCCUUCAAUCUAGAAGUUGUGACUAAUCCAGAAUCUCUAAAGAACUUUUAUAAUAUUCCUGAACUUCAAGGAUAUUGAUUAAAGGGUUUUUUUUCUUCUUUCAGUAACAUAUUUUCUGAAAAAAAAAGUUUCACAUAAUUAAAUAAAAACUUUUGAUAGUCUCUAGA